AGAAAUAUAAGUUAUCAAAGAACUGGUUUGUUUAAGGAUAUUAAAUUUUGUGUGCUUGCUUAUAGCAAAAUGGCAGAGAUUAGGUGGACUGUUGUCUUCCUCCUUUUCUCCUACUGCUGCCUAACUAGUGCCAAGAAGCAUAAUUUAGAACUCAAGGGAGACAGCAGACAAUAUUUUCCUAUAAGCACUUUUGGUUUCUACCGUAAUGGCUUCCUGUCGGUGGAUGUCAGCAAGUUUAGAGUGCAGCCAAAACUCUCUCCAAAUGAGCUUUUUGGCUUCACUCUUGAAAAGAUGGCCAACCCUUACACGGACCACAGACCCGAGACAUGCGAGCUCUCCCACCUCAAGAUGCAUGAUGUCCUCGUGCAGAAAGUUCUGUUCAUCUUCAACAUCACUGACCUGAAGGUUGUGGUGCGUUGCAGUGAAGACAUGCGAGACCUGCACAUCUACGACGACAUGCGCGAGGUCAUGAAACACACUCAGGAGUCCCAGUCUCUGCACAGGCUGGCUGACAAUGUCCUCUUCUCCAAUAAGAAUAAUAGGGCGGGAUCAUCAUCGAAUGAACCAGUUCCUGUGCAGCCUUUGACCCGAGCGCGACGAGCGGUCAUUCCUAACCCUGACCCUGCAGACCCUACCUCUGCAGUUGCUGCAGACCCUACCUCUGCAGCUGCUGCAGACCUCAACUCUGCAGUUGCUGCAGACCCUAACUCUGCAGCUGCAGCAGACCCUGUUGUUCCAGAAAAUCCCGACACUGGAAUAAUAGCUGACGCAUCUAAAUUUCCAGCCGACAAGCCCAUGCCGAUGUCCGGGGCUGAGGGAGAGGUACCAAUGAGUCGCAUCAACGUUCCGGACAGAAAGUGCAAGGAUGUCACACUCCCAAUUUCCGUCACAAAUGGCUUCUACAAUUUCUCGUUUGUGGUGUUUGUGGCGAGCGAGAAGGAAGAAGGGUUGUACAACUUGGACUUCCACAACUGCCACAACUACGACCCCACGCAGCCACCCGCCUCCAUCGACAUGACUUUGAUGGUGGUAGAGCUGAACCCUGAUGACAACUACCUCUCUGCUGGAGAGAUGCCGCUGCCUGCGCUGUACUUCAUGAUGUCGCUGCUGUUCCUGCUCUCCGCUGCAUUCUGGUUCUUCUUGCUGCGCAAGAGCAAAGAACCAGUGUUCAAGAUCCACUACCUUAUGGGGGUGCUGGUGGUGAUCAAGUCGCUGUCGCUGCUCUUCCAUGCCAUCAACUACCACUUCAUACAGAUACAGGGCAAACAUAUGGAAGCCUGGGCAGUCAUGUACUACAUCAUGCAUCUGCUGAAGGGCGCUCUGCUCUUCACUGUUCUCGCGCUCAUCGGCUCAGGCUGGGCUUUCAUCAAGCACAUCCUCUCCAGCAAAGAGAAAAAGAUCUUCAUGAUCGUCAUCCCUCUGCAGAUCAUCGCUAACGUGGCCAGCAUCAUCAUCGAGGAGACGGACGAGUGGGACCCCGAGCACGCGGUGUGGGCGCGCCUGCUCUUCCUUGUAGACUUCCUCUGCUGCGCUGCUAUUCUACUGCCUGUCGUCUGGUCUAUUCGACACUUGCAAGAAGCGUCCCAAACUGACGGGAAAGCCGCUGUGAACCUCAACAAGCUGAAGCUCUUCCGUCACUUCUACAUCAUGGUGGUCUGCUACAUCUACUUCACCCGCAUCAUAGUCUACCUACUCAGGAUCACAGUGCCGUUCCAGUACGAGUGGCUGGACGACAUGUUCCGUGAGAUGGCGACUUACGUGUUCUUCGUGCUCACGGGCUACAAGUUCAGACCCGCCAACAGCAACCCUUACUUCCUGCUCAACGAGAAGUUCGACGACGAUGAGGAUGAUGAGGACAUAGUGCUGACGACCACGGGGCUGACAGAGACAGUGAGCCGCUUCAAGAAGGACGUUCCUUCUCGCACGACCUCCUCGUCAGCGCCAGUCAGCGGCUCGUCCUUGAACCGUAAGAAGAAAUACGACUCGUCGGACGCGCUAAGUGAUGAAGUCGUGCACCAAGACGAGCAUGAACUCAACUUCUUGCUCGACUCCAAGGAGGACUCGCAUGACUUGGAUUGAGGGUGGGGGAGUGAGGAGGAACGGGGGAGUCUUGGCUUCCCCGAGGAUGAGGAGCAUUAGUCCCCCUGGGGUCUGGGGCCGUACUAUCAUAAAUCCGCUUAUGUAUACGUAGCGGCCUAAAUACUCGUAGCGUCUUUAGUUCUAGUGGACUGAGUACUCAUAGCGGCCUAAGUACACGUAGCGGCUGAAAACUCUUCUGUAGUUGGUUCGUUUUGAUUUAAAAUACGUCAGUGAUUGGCAGACAGAGUUACGAACAGACUAUUUUUGAUAGUACGGCUCUUGGUCCUCUGUGGGUAUGUAAUUGCUCUGCUGACACGUCAACGAAAUUCAGAGUCGCCCAAGGUUCUCAUUAGCAGAAGCUGGGGCGGCUCUAAAUUUUGCUUGUUUAGGGAUAGUUGUGGGGAACGUCGUGAUUUGCUUUGCUUUUGUGAGUGUUUUGAUGUGUGAGACAUUUAAGCAAUGUGAUUUGUAAGGUAAUUUAAAA